AAAAAAUGAAACAGAACCGUGAACUGGCCGAGGUUCUAUCGGAAUCGAUGGAUAUACUGAAAUCUCAAUAUCGUCUUGAUCUGCAACACGGUGAUCCAAGUUACCACGAACAACUCUGCAAACUCCUUAAUGCCAAAACAGCUGAAGCCGAGACAAAGAAAUGGGAAGUUCACCUGGGAGACCAUAGUGUCCCUGUGCGAGACCAGCUCAACAAAGUGUUCAAAAACAUCCUCGCCGUUAAGGAGGUUGUCAGUACGGCUGCAAGUGCAAGCCCGCCCGCCUCGAUUGCCUGCGCUGGUGUGAUGGUGUGCUUUGGUAUGAUUAUUCAAGCAGUAGAACAGCACGCCGUCCUUCUUCGAGGAUUAGACCUGAUUUCCGAGUCCAUGAUUCGACUUCGCGCGAGGGAAGAUCUGUACCUGACUUCUCAGACGGGCCAGGAAACAGAUCUUCUAAAACAACUCAGGGAGUCUUUGACCUCGCUUUGCUGCAAGAUUCUCGAGUUCCAGGCCCGCGCGCUCUGCUAUUUACAUAGACGCUCAGCUGCGCAGUUCCUAAGAGACUUCUUGGACUCGGACGGAUGGGCUAGCCUGUGCCAAGAUAUUGAGAAACACGAAAAGUCCAUCGAAACUACGACUUCCCUCAUUGAAGCUGAAGGCACAAAGCAGAAGCACAAGGAUCUUCUGGAACGAAUCGAAGAAAUCCAAAAUGUCGCACACCAACGCGAUCUAUGGGCGACAACAUCGGCUCGGGAUGAGAGGAUCAGAAAGUUUCUCAAGUUACUCUACACUUGCCCCUACAAAGAUCGCAAAAACAGAAACGAUAGGCGUGUGCCUGGAACUUGUGAAUGGUUCACCACACACGGUACCUUUCAGAGGUGGCAACAGAGUUCUCCCAAUAACCUCGCUGGUCUCUUAUGGGUCUCAGCCGAUCCAGGUUGCGGCAAGUCAGUCUUAGCUAGAUAUCUAGUUGAUGACCUUCUUCUCAAUGACAAUAAACGAACCGUUUGUUACUUCUUCUUCAAAGACGACUUUCCAGAUCAGAGAAAUGCAGCAGGUGCACUGGCAGCCAUCUUACGUCAACUUUUCAUUGCACAGCCCCAGCUUUUACAAGAUAGAGACCUAAAUAAGCUGGAGACUGAUGGGAAAAAGCUUGCUCAAUCAUGGGCUGAGUUAUGGAACAUGCUUAUAUCUGCCGCUUCUCGCACAACGGCUGGAGAAAUUGUUUGCAUUCUGGAUGCAUUAGACGAGUGUCAGGACCAUGCCCAACUUAUCAAAGAAGUUAGUGCAUACUACUCGGGACAAUACCGACAAAGCAAGCUCAAAUUCUUGAUGACAAGCAGACCAUACGACCACAUACGUCGUGGAUUCUCGGACCUUGAGGCAAAGCUACCUACGAUUCACUUGAGCGGUGAUGGCGAGAAAGAAGUCGAGCAAAUAGCUCGUGAGAUCAACCUUGUCAUCAGGAAAAGGGUUGCUGAUAUCAGUCAACGAAGAUCACUCGAGGCAGGCGAACACACCAUGCUCGAACACCAACUGACUGCCGUUGAGAAUAGAACCUACUUGUGGGUUAGUCUUACCUUAGAUGUUAUCGAGAACAUACCAGGUUUCACGAAAGGCAAUGUCCGUCGAGUGGUACAGAAUCUUCCAAAAACCGUUGAAAGCGCCUAUGAAAGGAUUCUAGACAGGAGUGUUGAUAAACCCAAGGCUAAAGCUCUUCUUCAUAUCAUUACGGCUGCGGUAAGGCCGCUCUUACUGGAAGAGCUAUCUCUUGCCUUAGCAUUGCACCUUAAUGCGGACUGCCAAACAUUCACGGCUAUAAGUGAUGAUGUCGAACCGAAAGAGCGCUUCAGAAAAACCCUCAGGGACUUGUGUGGACUCUUCGUCAUUAUCAUAAAUGAGAAAGUUUACUUCCUGCACCAAACAGCGAAGGAAUUCUUAGUUUUGAGUGAUAAGUCCGCUAUUGAGGAAAGUAUGUUCCAGGUCACCGGAUGGAAGCAUGCACUCGUACCAGAGGAGUCUCAUCGGAUUCUUGCAACUAUAUGCAUUGCAUUGAUCUCGUGGAUGACUGGUGAGUGGACAGGCAUUCACCAAGGGGACUUUGAUGAAUAUGCAUCAAGAUCCUGGGUCACACACUACCAUCAAGCGCGGGUGCGAGAUGAGGAUCCGCUAAUCAAACGUGCACACUCAAUCUGUGACCCAAACUCUGUUGUCUAUGAAACAUGGUCUAAUCUUGCAUAUGCUAUGUAUCGCAUUCCUAAGGGUGCUUCAAGACUUCUAAUUUCAUCAUCUUUAGGGUUGACUGGUGUAGUCAAGCUCCUGCUUGCAACAGAGAAAAUGGAUAUCAACUCCUUUGAUUCUGAAUAUGGCCGGACGGCACUUUCCAUCGCAGCCCGAUAUGGCCAUGAGGCAGUGGUUAAGCUUUUGCUUGCAACGGAGAAGGUGGAUAUCGACUUUCCAGAUCACAAAAAUGGCCAGACACCACUCUCCCUAGCAGCCGGAUACGGCCACGAGGCUGUGGUCAAACUUCUGCUUGCAACAAAGCAGGUGGAUAUCAACUUCCCGGAUUCUGUAAAUGGCCAUACACCGCUUUUUAUGGCAGCCAUAUUUGGCCAUAAGGCAGUGGUCGAGCUUCUGCUUGCUACAGAGCAGGUAGAUAUCAACUUCCCAGAUCGAUUAGGCAGAACAUUACUUUCCCUGGCAGCCCAAAUGGGCGAUGAGGCAGUGGUCGAGCUUCUGCUUGCAACAGAGCAG